AUGAUAGAACAAGUACAUUCUCUCAAGUACCUCGGGGUCACCCUUAACUCUAGUGUGACCUGGGAUGACCAGGUUGAUAAUGGAAAGCGUUCUCCUCAAAUCACCAUCAAACAGAUUCGAGUACGAAUAGAACCUGACAAGAAAGGAAAACGAGCUCCCAAAGGUGUCACCAAGCAGAUACGGGCACAACCGAAUCGACUGAGUCUCCGGCAGCGGCAGGAAAGAGAAGCUGAGACAUCUUUCAUUACAGUACCUCAGACUUCCACAAGAACUAACAGUGCUCUACUAGAGAUCGGUACAUGUACAACUGAUGUUGUUCUCGGUAAGGGAAUGGUUUCCACGCUAAAAGGGGACUCCUUUACAUCAGAAACUGAACUUCUUGAAUCCUUGGAUCAACAGAAAAUUAAACACCGUGACAACGAAUAUGACAAUCCCAUCAUGAAUUUGAAAGACCCUGAUGAGGAUAUUGACAUGAUUAAGAAUGCUCGAAGAACGAGCACAGAGACGGAUACCCCGUUCACUUCUGAUACCAGUAAUGUUCCAAGCUGGAAUAAUUCACCGCUUCAUUUUAUCAGCGGUAGGACAGUGAGACGAGCAUCGUCGCCUGAAAGGACAUCAUUGUCAGGUGCGAAUGCGGAAAGGGAUACUGUCUUCAGGGAAAGCUCAGAGUCCGGAAGCAACGGUGAGGUGCACCGCCGAAUCAAACUGAUGCGAAUGCACGGCCGGAGGAACAGUGGUAAUAACUCGAAAGAUUCUGGAUACGCAGGUGGGAGUUUUGCCUCAAAUGACAGUUCACGCAAUCUUUUAGCGUACAGAGAUUUGCGCGAAGAUCUGCAGAAACGUGAAAACCCCAACCUGGGCGUAAUGAAAGACGUUGAUAAUACGAGGGAUACUACACCGGUUAUAUUUGAAAUGGAGAGUGAAACGGCGCCUCUUGUUCGUCUCAACAGCACCCGACCAUUGAAUCCCCAACAGCCAAGGCGUUACAGUCUUCAGGUACCACCACAACCUUCUUUGUACCAUGCCAAUGUAACGCGUAACAACAGCCACCCGUACUACCCUCAGGUCCGACCUGUGAGGCGUAUAGUUGGAUCAUCAGUGAGAGGGAGAAGGAAUCCUUUGCCAUUCUAUCCCCGAGAUAUCCCAAGGCAUGAACGGUAUAAUGAAUACCCAUACAUAGUGGACUGCCCGCCGCUUUACUACGAAGACUCUUACUUAAAUUUCAACGAGCCUUUGGAACAUCCUGCAAGAAUACCUCGUAGGACCAACAACCCACUGUAUCGUCUACCUCCACAGGAUAAUCAACAGUACUCUCCAAACCUCUUCCCAUCUCUUUCUUCCUUUCCAGUGACUCCCCAGCUCCAUCAAGUACCUCACGACCAGAUGCAAUUUGUAAAACGCAGGACAACCUCAACCCAGACACCAACCGACUACAGCCCAGAUACUCCCCCAGCUAGCCCGCCCUCUGCGCCGUCCAUCAUCAGAUGGCAUAGGGAAGGGCGGUCGUUCGUUAUAAUGCCUCGUGAGGACAUGGCUCUGGAUUACCUCGGUCCGAUAUACUUAGCGGAAUCCAUGAGUGAGAGUGAUCAAAGCCUCGAUGAACCUACGGGUAUAGCCAUUGCAUCAGACUCUGAUGCAACACGACCACCGCAACAGCCUCGAGAAGGACGCGCCACGAACUCUGAAACAGACAGUGAUCAAUUGGAUAGGUCAGAUUCGAAUGAUGACGAAGAGAGCACGAAGACAUCAUCUAAAGAUGAGGACAGUAUAAAAGAUGAGAAGGCACUGCUCUUGGAGGCUAAAUCUGAUUGGAUUCAUGAUACACAAUUAUGAAGAUAUAAGCCAGACUUAACAAUGAUUUUGUUUCUUAGUUUCCUCAAGUAUGAAGGUGGCCAAUAUCAUGGCCCAUAUUUUUUUGCACACAUCUUAGUAAUUUCGACGACAUAGCGUUUGUAUACAUAUCGUACAAAUCUAAUCUUUCCUUUACAAUCCCCAGAUUUACGACAUACUGGUAAAACUGUGAAAUUAUCAUUACAAAUCAGUCGAUUACGAUAUCCAGGGGGGGGGGGGGGCAACGGAGAUAAUGUUUAUAAAAAUCUAGGGGGAACACCUCUCACACCUUUAUAAACCUUCAUGUUACGCUACGUAUGAUUUUAAUUAUUACAGAGAAAUGGGUAAUUAUGUGUCCAACCAACAUUUGGCAUUUCUUUUGGGUAUUUUUAUUUAUCCAGUGUGAUGAAAUUUUUUCCCAUUUUAAAGUAAUUGCUGCUUAUUUUUUAACCUUACUGGACAAUAAUGCUUCCCGCAUUGGUGUAAAACACUGCCCCUAAUUGGUCGGACACAUAAUUACCCUCGUGGUGGUUAAAAUUUUACCAAUUUUUUUGUUUACAGUGAACAAGAUGUGGGUAUUACCUUUUGGUGAAGUUGACCUUAGUCAUGGAUGAUGGAACCUACCAUUUAAAUAGUGGGAUAUCAUUCUGAUGCUGGGAUACAAAGCACUCCACUAAUAAGGGGGUGUUUUUCACGGCCGUGCGAUAUACGCACGUAAAAUCAAAUGGGACAUCCAAAUUACCGAAAAUUAUUUUGAAAUUGCUACGUUUUUACGCAAAUCGUUUUUUCGGGGGUCGCUUUUCGUUUUAGAGUAGGUUUAAAAAUAAGAAACUUCUUCUUAGCGACAGGCGAAUCCAAGAGACCCCGUGAAAAAUUUGUGAAGCUUACGAACAUUUAAGCGCACGUUUUGGGCACCCUUGUCGCGUCCUUAAAAAAGCCUUCGCAAAAUUUCCGCGAGCCCCGUGAAUAAGGCGCCGUGGCGGAGCAAGACAUGUUUCCCCAAUGAAUCGGGACUUGUGAAACCAUUCAAGGAAAUUCUGAAAAGGACGCAGAGGGGCACACGGGUUGAUUAUACAAUACCCAACGUCGAGGUAAAUCUGGUACAAUAGCGUUAUAGUUUUUAUCAUUUGGUCCCUUCUUUAGGUAUGACUGUGAUAAAAACGUUCGGAACUCUCGGGAAAGGAGUUCUAGUUGCACUUCGUUGUGUAGUUUAUGUAGUAACACAUUUGCUGUGUUUUACCACUUGUCUUUCGAAUCUAUGUGUUGAUAUCAUGUUAGUUCAAAUCUUACCACUUUCAUGUUUAAAUCUACAAUAUUUCCGGAGCAUUUCAGUAAGGACACCAAGCACUUGACUAAAUUUCCGUUCAGAAUACUGUUGCUGAAAUAUUGCGGUAUUUUGACCGAGGCGUUAUUAAUAAAGACAACCAAUGGUAAUCACCUCCCAAAAGCGGAGCAUUUAUUAAUUUAAGUCACAGAUAAAAAAUAUUACGUAACAAUUACAUUACUUAAUCGAGCACAUUAAGUGAGAGCGAAAUUUUUUUCAGCAAUUAAAUGCGUCCUCUCGACGUAACUUUCCGGCAACUUUAUGUUCAGUAAUAUUGCGAUCAACAGUCGCGAUCAACAUAGUGGCAAUAUAAGCGUUAAAGUAGGGAUUAAAGUAAAGGUUCGUUCACUAAAGGCCCUUUCACGAUUGACGUACGACCAUUUGCGACCUUUUGGUCGUGCGACAGGCUGCAACAGGCAUCAAUCGCUAGUCAUCUCAUAAGAUCGCACAGAGGCUUUCACAGUUGCAACAGCUGUCGUACAACAAAAACAACCAGUAAACCCCGUUGCACGAGUAAGUCGCAUAUGCUCUUAUUGUGCUCGUGCGAUCACAUGCGAGUGGAACGGUCGCAUACAUGCGAAUGAAACGGUAGUGCACUGUUGUAAGCCGUUGCGAUCGGUCUUGCAAUAGUCUUAUGGCCCAUAUUAUUAUCGCAACCAGUCGCAAGACAGGUCUCUGUACAUGUAGGUUGCUUGCACAUGUGCAAGUGUUGUACGACUUCCAGUCAAGUAAAUGCGACUACUUAGUUGUGCCACCUCUCGCACCAAGUCGUACAACGUUGAACAACACUCGCACGAUGAUCGCCCGACCGAUGGUACGACCCCGGGUACGGCCUGAUGCGAGUGAAUCGAUCGUAUUUGAUCGCGUUCGGAUUUAGAACAUGUUCAAAGUUCAGAUGUGACCAGUCACGACCACCUCGAGUUCGUGCGACCGUCUACAACGACUGCGAGUGCUCGCAAGACACCAAGAGAUCGAUCGUGCAACAACAAGAAAAAACUGUUGCAGGCGGUCGUAAACUGGUCGGACGUCAAUUGUGAAAGGGGCUGAACGGUCGCAUACAUGCGAAUGCAACGGUAGUGGAAUGUUAUAAGCCGUAAUUUCGAGCGGUCUUGCAACAGUCUUGCAAGUGUUGUACGACCUCCAGUCGUCUAAAUGCGACUAUACUUAGUUGUGCCACCUCUCGCACCAAGUCGUACAACUUUGAACAACACUCACACGAUGAUCGCCCGACUGAUGGUACGACCUGUUGCGAGUGAAUCAAUCGUAUUUGAUCGCGUUCGGAUUUUGAACAUGUUCAAAGUUCAGAUGCGACCAGUCACGAUCAACUCCGACCACCUCGAGUUUGUGCGAUUGUCUACAACGACUGCGAGUGCUCGUAAGACACCAAGGGAUCGAUCGUGCAACAACAAGAAACAACUGUUGCAGGUGGUCGUAAACAGGUCGUACGUCAAUUGUGAAAGGGGCUUAACCCCCGUUCAAAAUACGCAUUCAAUUAAAGGCACCGAAAAUGAAUAAAUAUCAAUGCAGGGAAUUGGUAUAAUAUACACCGGCAUCCUACGAUUAGAACAUUGUUAUUGUACGAUCGGCGCAUUAAUAGUACGAUAUCUGUACGAUCUCCAUUUGUAUGGCGUUGUCCCACGACGAUGCCCAACUAACUGUACAAUGCUGUCUGCACAUGAUAUGAACGCAAAUAUCGUAGCCCCGUACCACCUACGAUGCCACCAACAAACGUAGACUAAUCCAUCGUAGCAAAUAUAAACGAAGCAUUUCUCUGAUCUGACCACAAAACAUAAUUUUUAUUCAUUUUUUUUCUUCAAAAUAUAUAAUAUCAUACUAUAGUAUUUCGAGCAUUAUUCCAAAUGCCAAUGAAGACAAUUAUACUUUCAAUACAAAUUGCGAUUUGUUUAAUAAUCAGGUCGUAGUUGGAUUGCAUAGUAUAUUGUGGACAGAAGAUAAAUAGUGCACAUAAAUCAUAAACGUUGUUCUUGUGAAAUUCACCCAUGUAGGGGUUCGCGCGAUUGUAUCUGCCAUUCAUAGUAAAUAUUUUGCAUUUUUUGUUGCAUUGAAGCUGUCGCGUCGAGUAAGGGUCGAUCUCACUCUUAAUAUUAGGUAGAUUUCGCUACCACUAUGCAGACGCUUUCUGGAACGUAGAUAAUCUAUUGUCAAAAGACCUUUAUGACAAAGCAGUAUUUGUCGAAAAUCGGUGAAUCAAAACAGCAGUGUCGUCUGUAACUCUGGAUUUUGCAAUUUUUCGUCAGCUCCGAAUCUUAAUACGAUCUGCUGUCCUGGUUCCCCAAUUUUCGAUAAAGGCCCCUCAGCUGUUCAUUGUGAUUCAACGGGAAUUUUCAAUACAUUGACUAUGUUCUAGAAUCCGUCUCCGUUAGAAUUGCGAAAACUCGCUAUUCUUGAAUGGAAUGUUCAACAAUAUAUCCCAACUGCUUUAUCUGGGAUCAUGUAUAUUAUUGUUUAAUACACUCAAUGUACACUAUAUCACUCUUUCUUUUUUUAAUACAUCAACAAUUGCCAUAUUAAGGGUAAUUAUCAUUAAUAAAAGUUGCAAAUACA